CCGGACGGUCAGUUCGCGCAGCCGCCUUCGCGCUCUUCUCAAGUAGCGUGUCGUGUUGGAUUCACAGGUCUGUCUGUGACAUGCAGCUAAGGUGAUUGUUGUAUGAAGUCAAAUCCAACCUAAAGAAUAAGCAGGAUGGCUCUGGAGCAGCUCAGUGAUGUGGUCCAGAGAUGUCAAGCUCUCCCAGAUGACAGCUACACCUCCGAGGAUCAUGACGUCUUCACGGUUGCCGGGCGGAGCUGCAUCGAGGAGGGACACAGCGCUCAGGUCCUCAGCAUCGUCCUGGACGAAAAGAAUCAGGUUAUAGUAAGAAGUAUGGGUUGGAAUCUGCUGCCUCCGCUGGUUGAAGUGCUGCUGAAGAAAGAAGAGAAGACGGUUCCUCAGUGCCUGGCCAUUUUUAACCACCUGAUAGAGACCUGCAGACCCAAAGAGCUGCUGAUUGGCCUGUUGGAGCAGCUGGAGCAGGACGACCCCGUCGCCAUAGCAGAGAGUCUCCUUUUGUUGUUGAAGCCUCUACAGAAAGUGCUGCUGAGCCUGGGCAGCCGCAAGCCGUCGUCCUUGGGCAUGACCCUGUCCUCUGUGCUGGACCAGGUGGCCAAAUUGCCCGUCCCCCGCACCAAGGAGCAAGAGGAGGACGACGUCUUCUCGCUGUGUCGCUGCUGCACCGAACUGACGGACUUUGUCAAACCUUUCGUCCAAGAGGCCGGGCAAAAAGUCCCCAACGGCGAGACACAGCAGGGCAAAGAGGACGAGCUGCGGACGGAGCUUCUGAAGUUCUGUAUGAAGACGCUGAGUCACCCUCUGUUGGAGAUUGAACUCAAGGAUCCCGACACUCUGCCCGUGUCUCCCCUCAGGACAUUUGCCACAGAGAUUUUGAACAUCCUGUGUGCCAUCGGAGAGCCCCUCCCCAGCCUGGUGUACCGGCCCAUGUUGAAGAGGAAGCAGGUUGCAGGUUUCCUGGAGGAGGAGGUCCGUUACCCUACAGAGUCUCUAGCCAGCUUAGCUCAUCUGGUGUUCGUCCAUCACCUGGCGGCAGAUACGUUCCCCAGCGUUUUCAGCCCUGUCUUCGCUCUUCGGAGUAACAUGGAGCACAUCUUCCUCCUCCUGUCCAGGACUGAUGACUUCAAGCUUCAGAAAGGACUGGAGCUGUACGAGAAAAGCCUGGUGCGGGUGGAGGACGGCAGUCUGCCUGCAGAUCUGCUGGAGAUCAAAACCUUCCUCACAGUCCCUCAGAACUUGGUGAAGGUCAUGACGAUAUGUCCGCAGCAUGACUUGAGAACUAAAGGACUGAAGGUGUUUCAGUUGAGCAUUGACAAGUUUGACAUUGAGGCCAAGUACCGUUUCUUCCAGUACAUGCUGCAGACCGGCAAUCACUCGGGAGUCGAAGGCUACGUCAUAAAAAAUAUCAGAAAUCAGAUCGACGUCGCCCUGCGGCCAGGUAACGGUAACAUCUGGUUUGAAGGAGUUCACCUUCUGCCUCUGCUGCGUAAGGUUCUUAGUCUUCCAGACGGCCCCGAGACUGACCUUCUGCAGUACCUGGACAGAGUCAUGGAGUCUCUGAACCUGCUGCGUUACCUGAUCAUCAGAGACAAGGUGACAGAGAACCAGACAGGCAUCUGGACGGAGCUCUAUAAGGUAGAAGACAUGUUCAUGAAGCCUCUGCGUGUCGGACUCAACAUGUCCAGAGCUCACUAUGAGAGAGAGCUGCAGAACACCGUGGAGAGCAAGAAGAAGAAGAAGAAGGCCAAAGAGGAGUCUGUACUUUCUGUAUCCGUUGGUGACGAGAAGCUGCCUAACGUAACAUCAGAGUCACAGAUUCAGGCUCUGCACUCAGCCCUGCACACGUUCGACAUGAUCGAGAGCGUCUUGGUGCGGAUAGAGGAACUCGUCGAGGCCAAGGACGAACUGUAAACAUGGACUACCACAGAUCCUCAUCAUCAUCUCAGGGGCUAACAAAAAAAAGUCUAAGUAUUCUGUUUGUCUCUUUUGUUAAAAUAAAAUGCACAAAUUGUACGGAUGCAUUGGCUCAGAGAGUUAACGGCAUGCACUGCCGGUGUUAUAUUGUUUUUUCUUCUCAGCCGGUCUGCAUUUUUCAGAAUAAAGUACAAAUGUGAAAUAUAUAAAUAUUACAUACAUCAUUUGUAAAACCUCUAAAUCUCAACGUUUGUAUCACUUCUCUAACAAGUGUCACACUUUUGUACUUACUUAAAUAAAAGUGUUAAUUCUUGUA